AUGUUUUGGCUCUCGCAUACUUUUACAGACCCCUGGGGCAUCACCGAAAGCACAGUCCUCAGAUGGCAGGAGAGAUGUGUUAUUGGAGAGAAAGUAGAACUGCUCCGGCAGGCGAGCCUAUUCUUCCUAGACGAGGACGCCGACUUUCUUCGUCUAGCGAAUUACGAGACUGAUGAAGCCUUCGACUACGUUGCUCAUGCAGCUGUCGAUCUCAUUCGAGGGUUUCAUCACGCAUCAUUGCAAAAGGACUACAUUUCGAAGAAGGGCGCACGUGAGUGGUCAGACAUAUCAAAGUCGGCAGCUAUCCUCUUGCUGAGGCACGGCAUCCAGAAAGCCUCGGAGCAAAACGCAGACUUGAUCCAGUUUCUCUCCAAGCUCGAUAGACUCCCGGAGGCCUCAGCAUCAAGAAUACAACAUGUGUUCAGAGCCUGGGAUCCAUAUGGGAGGAAAUGUCCAGCACGGGUCUUGCGCCAGAGACUCUCCGAAUCGUUCAGCUGGAACGCGCCACAAAAAGAUUCGCCUAUGUAUUGUGUUGCGGAAAACCAGCUGUUGAUGACAUGUCCGGCCACUGAACUGAUUCUUGGAAAGAGCCGAGAGAUCUUUGUGGUCAAGGACUAUGAAUGUGCCACAAUGAGGGUAAUACGAGAGUUCUUGAGCAGGCUUUGGGACUGGUUUACGUUCUGA